CUGAGUUAAAAUCACAGUUGCACAGGCACUGGGUGACUGAUCUCCAUUUCCUGGACAGUAAAAGCAGGGUUUCCUUUCUUGGAGUUAGUCAACUCAGAUUUUAGGCGCCACACUAGAGCACUAAUGAGCAGGCUGAGAGCAACCCAACGCAGAUCUCCCAUCAGCUGAAGAGCAGCAGCAACUCUGACGGCAUCUGAGGCAACAAGACGCGGAACUGAUCUGCAGUCAGCGGGGAGGCAGCUGUAGAAAGCAAAUGACAUCCCAGGAAAAGGCGUAGGAGAGGUUGUGAAGUGUCUUCAAAGGCAAAUUAGCAGUCAAUUGAGAGACUGGGGAGGAGAGGAUUGGUCCAGUGUGAUCACUAACCUUCCGCGCUCCGAGGCAGACUCUCACUUCACUUUUCUCUUCUUGAGCCGAAGGACCUCGCCACUUCACCAGAGGAGCCCAGCCAUGGAGGAGAUGCUCACCUGCAGCCGAAGCCCUUUCUCCCAGGUGUUUGGGCGUCAGGGUCAGCUCAUGCAAGCCACUGUGCAGUCUCUGAACAGCUUGAAUGACCAGAUUGCAAACUUCAUGGUGACUGGACCCAAGUCCCUAGAACAGGAGGAGCAUGCCUUUCCCCCUCCUGAGAAGGAGACGCUGCAGAAGUCCAUGACCCUCAUGAGGCACCUCCUUGUGGAUGCGCAGGCAAAAAUCCUGAAAAUGAUGGAUGACAACAAGCAGCUUGCCCAGCGCAUCGAUGGGGCCAUUCAGUCAGCCAGCCAGGAGGUGACCAACCUGCGGUCAGAGCUGAGCGCCACCAGCCGCAGACUGGCCGAGCUGGGAGCGACGGACUCCUCUGCCAGCGUGCUUGAGACCCUGCAGCACAACCACAAUGAUCCCUCUCCCCACCAGAGGCAGAAGCCCCCGGCUACCGAACUCUGUUACAAGACUGAAAUCAGCAGUCUCAUGGACUUCAAUUCUCCAGAUGCCUCUCUGGACAAAGUUCUGCUGCGUGAAGAGGUGGCCCAGCUCCAGGAAGAGGUGCACCUGCUGCGGCAGAUGAAGGACAUGUUGAGUAAGGACCUGGAGGAGACCCAGGGAGGUUGCUCGGCUGACGUGCUCUCUGCCACUGAACUCCGCGUGCAGCUGGCGCAGAAGGAACAGGAGCUGGAUCGAGCCAAGGAGGCUCUGCAAGCCAUGAAGUCGGACCGUAAGCGUCUGAAAGCAGAGAAGGCAGACCUGGUGAAUCAGAUGCAGCAGCUUUAUGCCACAUUGGAGAGCCGAGAGGAGCAGCUCCGUGACUUCAUACGCAACUAUGAGCAGCACAGAAAAGAGAGCGAGGAUGCAGUAAAGGCGCUGGCCAAAGAGAAAGACCUCCUGGAGAGAGAAAAGUGGGACCUGCGGCGGCAGACCAAGGAAGCCACGGAGCACACGGGGAUGCUGCGGUCCCAGCUUGAUCUCAAGGAGAACCGCAUCAAGGAGCUGGAGGCUGAACUUGCCAUGAUGAGUAACUGUGUCAAUCAGAGAAUGGAGUUCCGGGUGUUUGAGCGCCUUGUGGACAGGGACUACUCUCCUAGGGUCAUGGCGGCGAAACAGUCGCUAGCCACCCUGACCAAGGAUGUGCCCAAGCGCCACUCGCUGGCCAUGCCCACGGAGGCGGUUGUCAACGGAAACAACCAGGAGUGGGUGAUGCAGGCCGAUCUCCCUCUGACUGCUGCCAUCCGACAGAGUCAGCAGACCCUCUAUGUGCACACGGGGCAUCCCGCUGACAGGCAAGUGGCUGCCGUGCGGGUGAGCCCGUGCCACUCGCGCCAGCCCUCCAUCAUCUCCGACGCCUCUGCGCUGGAGGGAGACCGGUCGUCCACGCCCAGCGACAUCAACUCGCCGCGCCAUCGGACUCACUCCCUCUGCAAUUCCCUAGAAGAUCUGGAGGAGGCGAAGCGUAAGAAGAAGAAAGAAAAGAUGGGGCUGGGGUCUCUGUCGCGCGUCUUCGCCCGAGGAAAGCAACGCAAGUCCCUCGACCCCGGUUUGUUUGAUGGUACUUCAACACCUGAUUAUUACAUAGAGGAGGAUGCAGACUGGUAAAGCACACACGUCCGAGUGAACCACCUGGAGAGCCUUUUUUUGGCAGUUAUCAGAGGACAACGUUGUAUUGCCUGAGCGCAUGCGUGAGAGAAUGUGCGUGCGCGUCUGUGUGUGUGUGUGUGUGUGUGAUGAAAGCGUGUACAGAUAAAAUAAUGUGUGUACAUUUUAUGUAGUCUCACAUGCACGCAUGCUUUGGUUUGUAUGGGAGCGAGAGUGUGCGCGUGCUUGUGCCACCCAUGGUCAACGGCCAUGUCAGGAGCCGGAGGCGCGUCUUGCUUCGCUGAAGUGUAAAGCUAAAGAGCAAAUUGCACCUGUAUGUAUGUAUGUAUAUGUACAGCCCUGUAAAUAGCGUGGAGAGUGUAAUGCAGCAGCAGUGUGGACAUGUCAUGUUGUAUCUGCCCUCCAAAACAGCUGUGUUAUCUGAUCUUUGAAUUGUUCUCUACAUUUUUACUUUUUUUUUUUUAAAUUGUUUUCACUCAACUGGAAACUUGAAGGACUGCUGUACUUGUAAAUAACAGUUGAUGUGCACUCUGUGCGUGUAAAUGUCUCCUUGUCCUGAAUGCCUUUUUGUUAUUUUUGACACGUACUCCCCGCCGUCCCUCCUCCCUCCCACUGCCUCUUAACUUUAUCUCCUCCCUGUUUAUUGUCCUGCCUGGUCCAUCCCCUCCUUCCACACUGCCAUGAUGAGAACAGUUUCCUGUAGGCAGCAUGCAGACUCCUGAAAUUCACCGCCGGUUCGGUUGUCGGGUGCACAUCCCUCAACCGCCGAAAAAAAAAAAAGUCUGUGCAGAGGCAAUCCUUGAUGUUUGCUUAGAGAGACUUCAAAGAAGCUGCUAUGAGAGGAAUUAGCUUUCUAUGCAGAACAGUUUGUUCCCCUGCAUUUUGAAGCCAAACAGGAAAUGUGAGAAAUGUGUUUUCUAUCUCCUCAGAUAGAAGGUACAUGUGUGACAUGCAUGCACGUAGUCCCGGUCCCUAAAUGCAUGCUCGGCUACCCCACUACAAAGAAAAGUCUCUUCCCUGGUUAUGUUUCCACAGAGGUGAUAAACUGUUUGCUUUUCUUUUUAAUUUAAAAAGAGAGGUUAGUUACUGAUUUCAUGUUCAUUCAUGAUUUUGCCCCAUUUCAAAUUAAUUGAUAAGAUUUGUAAACUUGACCCUUUGCUGUUCAAGGAGCGCUCAGCUGAAUGCUUAAGAUCGUAACAUCCUGAACUGCGCACAGUUUAGUUUUAAUCUGCACCUGCAGGGCUUUUUGUUACAUUUGAAAUAUUAAAGGCCAGCAAAGAAAGAAAACUGAACAUUACACUUUGAAUUUUUAAAUGAUUAUUCCACACUAUUUGCAAGGCUUUGUGCCUUUUUAUCUCUCUUUGUUUUUUAGGAUCUAAGCUGCUUGUAUUCAUUGGUGUAUGAAUACUGGGAGCAGGAUUAUUCUGGGAAAAGUUAAAAUAAGAAAGCUAUCAUCACAAAAUACAUAGCAUAAACACCAAUUAUUCUUGCGUUGCAGGUGUUCAACUGACAGUCAAAAUAUUUCUAGACCUCUGGAAUUAAGGGCGACUUAAGAGAUGAGCAGAACCUCAAUUAAGAGGUGCAGACGUUACAUGAACUACAGUUGAAGGUUAAAAAUCAGGAUUUAAGCAUCCCAAUCAAGCAAAGGCGUACCUUCUCCCAUGACCCCAUGACCUCAGCAAAAAUUCCAAUGUAGAGUUCAUGCCAUAGGUGGGGAAAGAAAAAAAUAAAGCAAUUAACUUUGGACUAAAGGUUAAUGGCAUUAAUCCAAGCAAAAGAAUUUCCACAGACAUCACGCUACUUCCGAUCUUUCAUUGGAUUGAGUCGGAGUCUGCACUGCCACGCCCCAGGAAAUAUUUUCUCUCCCUGAUAUUAAACUAACACUGGGUAUUUGUUGGCCUCGCCUGAGACGCUAGAGUGCCAGGUUACGGCGGAGAUGCAUUUAACCGUGGCGCGUCCACGUAAGCAGUGAGGAAAUCGUCCUUUACAUUUGAGUUCACAGUUAUUGAAUUUGCAGGUAAAUCAGUAAGGUAAUUCAGAGAUAAGUCACUAUGAAUCAAAUUGUAUGUACAGGAACGUCUCAUGUUAAAAAAAUUCACUGAACAGUCAGUUAAAUGUAUAAAAUCUAUGCUAUUUGA